CCCGUCCAUGGUUGCCUAUGCGGAGGGGGAAGCGCGCAGAGCGAUGUCGAGAUCCGAUGAGGAAGAGAUGGAUUUUGGUGGAUUCUCUCGAUUUGACAGUCGAAGUAGCUCAGCCGGAAACAGUGAGCUGGAGUCCUGGCAGGAGGAGGAUGAAUCAUCUGAGGGAGAAGUGGCACAAGAUGAGCAGAGUAUUUGUCUUGCUGAUGUGAAUCCAUAUAUUCUGUGUCCUGUCUGUGGAGGCUACUUUAUUGAUGCGACUACCAUCACAGAAUGUCUGCACACAUUCUGUAAGAGCUGUAUUGUGAAACAUUUUGACUACAGCAACCGUUGUCCAAAAUGCAACAUUAUUGUCCAUCAGACACAACCACUGUAUAACAUAAGACUGGACAGAAAACUACAAGAUAUCGUUUACAAGCUCGUACCCAACUUAGAAAGCAGUGAAAAGAAGCGACUUCACGAUUUCUACAGAGAAAGAGGACUAGAGGUUCCUAGACCAGUUGUCCAGGUGCCCAGCAAUGGUAAAGUGAACCGUAUCCGAUCGCUGAAUAAGAAGCUGGCAUUACCCAUGGUUCCCCUGGACUGUCCGUCAUCACCUCAUCUUGAGAUCUCAUUGGUGCUAGAAUUUAUCGGAGCUGAUCUUGGAGUUGGUGACUACAAGCCAUUGCAAAAGAAAUACAUUCGUGUCUCAGAGGAAGCUACGAUUCGACAUGUUGAAAAGUUCAUUAGGAAGAAGCUGGAAUUGGACCCAAUCUGUCAGGUAGAUAUCAUCUGUGGAAACAAGAUCUUAGAACAUCACCAGACCUUAAGGCACAUUCGAAGCAGUGUCACCCACAGCAGCAUACGGGAUGGUUUACUCAUUCUACACUACGGACUUGUACGAUCUCAUAAAUGAUGAUGGAUUCUCUCCCAUUAUCAAACAGUAAUGUAACUGGGGUUGUUUGUGACACCAGACAUAAUGUAAUGUGGUCUACUUGGAAUUUGCACUGAUCAGCUCCAGAGUAGCUGGAAUCAGAGGCUGUCGGGCCAGCUUUGAAAGGAUGGCCACUUGGGGAUCACUACUGCAGUUCAGCAAAACAUUACAUCCUGUUGAUUACCUUAGUCUUAUCCUCUGAGCCUUGCAUCCUCUUCCUGCUCUGUAUCUGUUUAUGCAUCUGUAGUUUUUCAUCCUGCUGAGCUUGCACUACUGUAGGCUACUUAAAAAUUUGUAUGCGACACCAGUAUUAUCAGACAGCUUUAGCUGCACAUUAUGUCAUUGUUCAUUGAAAUGAGCUGUAAUAUUACAUCCAAACACUGACCACUAGUAACUCAGAACCGUAAUAAUGUCACCUCCAAGUAUUGGUCUUGACCAACUAUGACACACAGCUGCUGACCAUUGUAAUGUCAUGUGCUAUUACUGACUGUUGGGAUGUCGCAUCCUGGUAUUGACCACUGUGAUGUCAUGCCCUGUUACUGCCUGCGGUAAUGCCAUAUUUGGUACUGACUGAUGGUAAUGAGACUGCAAUAACACAAGUUAUUUGCAGUGACUGGAGCUGAUAUCAACACUAGGACCUUUCGCCUUUGUUUAGAGAACCGUGUGCAUUUUUUGAACUGUUCCAGAGAGUUUUUAGAUAUUUUUCACCAGUUUGUUAAAUUUUUUGCUGAAUAAUAACAUUCAAACGAAGUUG